AUGGGAAAAAAAGACAUUAACUAAUUUAUAAUUUAUGGAUAUUAACUUAUGAGUUAAUAACUCUAAAAGAGAGAGAGAGUACUUAGAGCAUGGUAGAAGAAAAGAAAGGAUGCGUACUUAUGGAUAAAAGGACUUUGGCUAUUUUAGGAGAUGAAAUAAGGAAAAAAUACAGAUUCUUAAUCAUCUGAAUAUUGA